GAUAUAUCCUAGUUGACUUGUUCGAAGAUCGCCAAUGACGUUUUUGGAACGUGGGUCAGCCAGCAGAAUGGAGCCCCACAGCUACGCCGGGCGCUGGCGCCGCAGCAAGGCCGCGACGAACGCGGUCCUCGAGUGGCUGCACCGAGCGACCAAGCCCAAGAGCAAGAACGCCAAGAAGAAGGUCAAGAAGAAGGGCGCGCGGUCGGCCGAUACCGCGACGUGGACCAUGGCGCAGAUCUACGCGGCCGCGCUCGAGGUCGUCGACGCCGGCACGACCGUGCCAUCCAGCGUCUUGCGCGACCUCAUGGUUAUCAUUCGCCUCCGGUUCGACGCUUACAUCAAGCUACCGGUCGACCAGCGCGACGGCCAUGACGCGUACGUCGAUGUGCUCCGCGCGGUAUUGACCAAGUGGUUGCCGAUCACGGACGACCUCAAGACGCUGGUGGGCCCUUUAAAGGACAUGCGCACGGGCCGUCGGGACCGCGAUGACGUAGGCCAGCGCGACUACUUUCCGCACUUGCCGCCGUUCGACGUCGACACGUAUGCUCCGCCGGUCGACGACGCUGCUGACCCGAGCAUCGCAAGCCUCGACGCGCAGCGCCGCGAGAUGCAGUUCGCCUGCAUGUGCUUUGUCUUGGACAUGGCCGACCUUAUGCACGAUGCCAAGCUCGGCUGGAUCAUGCACAAGGAGUCGGCCAUGUGCGUGAGCGUCCCAACCGCGAUUACGAACGCCGCCGUCUACGCAAUCGAAGUGCUCCACACCGAGCUGCGCGAGACGUACCCGCACCUCUCGGACUUGGAAGCGAUCAUGGCCACGCUGCGCUGCGGCCGCUUCAUCGUCGAGAUCGUCACGGUCCACAAAGUGUCGGUGGACAAGGCGGCGGGCAUGCUCAUGGUCGCUCGCCGCGCGGCCAUCGAGCGUCUCCGGCCGCUCUCGAUCCAAGUCAUGACAAAGGCGCUGUCCACGUCAUCGGCCAUCGCGGGUCGCCUUGUCGACCGAAUCGUUGCACAACUCGAAGGCGACGACUACUGGAACAUGGACUGGACGACGACGCUUGGAAAAGGCGACAGCCUCACUGCGCUUCACGCGUACCUCAAGACGUUCAUCGUGCACGCUCUUCGCGAGCCUGGGACGCGCGCAAUCACGUAUCCCGAUACCUUUGGUCCGCCGUGGGUCGAAGGCGACGUCCUUCGCUGCACGCGCGACUUGUACCAGUCGUUCUUUGCAGACGUCUUGCCACCACUGCUCCUCGACGCCCAAGCCGGCUUUGCGUACUACGCACCCGUGUACGAAAAUGAACUGGCGCCGCUCCGACGCCUCCUGACGGUGUACGUGCAGACGCAGCAGAUCCCGGUCGCGCUGCUCUUUGCAUGUCAAGCGACGCUCUGGAGCCUCUUCUUCACGCAAGGCCGAUCGAGCGUUGGCGUCACGGUCGCGCGGCUCGCGCAGUCGACGCGGCGGGCGGUCGACGACGUCCGGUUGCAGCUCGACUGCUGUCGGCUCAACCCGGACAGCUGGUAUGUCCCUGCUUCGACGCGCGAGGCUUUAGAUGCCGCUUGCAACUGGCUCGCGCAUCGCCGGCGUCUCGCAGCCCCGAGCUUGGUGUUUACCCAAAUGGAGCAAGACCGCGCGUGGUACAACCCGUACAUGGCCGGGCAAAUGAUGCUCGUUUUGCGUCUCGAGAUGGGCUACAUCGUCGGUCGGUCGGUCAUGGAUGACAUUGGCCAGACGCACAUGCUCUUGCACCUCUACCAUGCGCUCUGGCGUCGAGGCAAGGUUGCUGCCAGCGCCGAGAUGGAGCUGCUCGCCGAUGCAUUGCCGCAGGUCUUUGUCGACGGCCGGCCGAACAGUGAUUUCGCAGCGGCCCACUUGCGGUCGUGGGGCUACGACCCAGCGAAGGCGACAGCGAUGGCAGCUACGUUGCCUCUCGACAGCGCAAACAUGCUUGCGACAUCUCUCGAGGUGUCGAGCAAGAAGACCAAGAAGCCGCGGUCGCUGCCGUCGUUGACGGCAAUGGCCGAGACGACGGCCUUCCGACGCGUGACGCAGCUCGAGCUACCAUGUGGAACCUUUGCCGACGACUACACCGAGUGGAUGCGGACGCUCCGAGAUGAGAUGGAAGGUGUGCACGACCUCAAUUUGGCGGCGAUCGGUCAGCUCUUUCGUGGUGCGUGGAUCGAGAUGGCGGACGCACUCGGCUACCACGGCAGCAAGAAACACGAUCGCGCGCCCGAAGUACCCAACGUCGUGCGCUUUGCCAACGAGAACCGCUGUGUGCAAACACUGCUCGGCCUCUGCGACCAGGCGCCCGACGACCCGCGCCUGCUUGUGGCCGCAACGGCCGUCAAGAACCUCGUGCAACGCGUACCGGAAGCGCGUCUUGUGGCGGCGCGCGACGUCUAAGUACGAAUUGUGUUCUGUACGAAUCCAAAAUCCCUGUUUAAAGAAUUGGGUCGAGUUAAUGUGUGAUUGAUAUGCAUAUUGCUUAGCCA